AGGAGUGAGACAAAGGGGAGGAGGGUCACGAGUCAAAGCGGCGGCGGGGAGGAUGCCACCGCCGGCGACUCACGGCCUCCGGGCUCCAGUUGGACCGGGUUAAGCAGAGCUUCAGAGGCUUCUAGAGCGGCGCGCGAACCUGCUGCUCCCCCUGCAGCGAAGAAGACCUGACACCCCCCCUGCCUGACCCGCUGACAGCGCCACCCCCGCCCCUCCCCAGAGAUGGCAAAUCCCGAGGUUGUAAUCAGUAGCUGCAGCUCUCAAGAAGAGGAAAAUCGCUGCACUUUUAACCAGCAUACAUCGCCCUCUGAGGAGCUUCUGUUAGAAGACCAGAUGAGGCGAAAACUCAAAUUUUUUUUCAUGAAUCCUUGUGAGAAGUUCUGGGCUCGUGGUAGAAAACCAUGGAAGCUUGGCAUACAAAUUCUAAAAAUUGCGAUGGUGACUAUACAGCUGGUCUUUUUUGGGCUGAGUAACCAGAUGGUUGUAGCUUUCAAGGAAGAGAACACUAUAGCAUUCAAACACCUCUUCUUAAAAGGAUAUGUGGACCGAAUGGAUGACACUUACGCAGUCUACACGCAAAGUGAUGUGUAUGAUCAGAUCAUCUUUGCAGUAAACCAGUACUUGCAGCUGCGCAGUAUCUCGGUGGGGAAUCAUGCAUAUGAGAACAAGGGUACCGAGCAGUCUGCUAUGGCGAUCUGUCAGCACUUCUACAAGCAAGGGAACAUCUGUCCUGGAAAUGAUACCUUUGACAUUGAUCCAGAAAUGGAGACUGAAUGUUUCUUUGUAGAGCCCGAUGAACCUUUUCACAUUGGAACACUGGAAGAAAAUAAACUCAACUUAACACUGGACUUUCACAGACUCCUAACAGUGGAGCUGCAGUUUAAACUGAAGGCCAUUAAUCUGCAGACCAUUCGUCAUCACGAGCUCCCUGACUGUUACGACUUUACUCUGACUAUAACAUUUGACAAUAAGGCCCACAGUGGAAGGAUUAAGAUAAGCUUAGAUAACGACAUUUCCAUCAGAGAAUGUAAAGACUGGCACGUAUCAGGAUCAAUUCAGAAGAACACUCACUACAUGAUGAUCUUUGAUGCCUUUGUUAUUCUGAUAUGCUUGGCUUCGUUAAUCCUGUGCCUUCGAUCUGUGAUUACAGGACUUCAGCUUCAGCAGGAAUUUGUCAAUUUUUUCCUCCUCCAUUACAAGAAGGAAGUUUCUGUUUCUGAUCAAAUGGAAUUCGUCAAUGGAUGGUACAUCAUGAUUAUUAUUAGUGACAUAUUGACAAUUAUUGGAUCAAUUUUGAAAAUGGAAAUCCAAGCUAAGAGUCUAACAAGUUAUGACGUCUGUAGCAUACUUCUUGGGACUUCCACCAUGCUCGUGUGGCUCGGAGUCGUUCGAUACCUCGGUUUCUUUCAGAAGUACAACCUCCUUAUUCUGACCCUUCAGGCAGCGCUGCCCAAUGUCAUCAGGUUCUGUUGCUGUGCCGCAAUGAUUUAUUUAGGCUAUUGCUUCUGUGGAUGGAUUGUGCUGGGGCCUUACCAUGAUAAGUUCCGUUCUCUGAACAUGGUCUCCGAGUGCCUUUUCUCUCUGAUAAAUGGAGAUGAUAUGUUUGCCACAUUUGCAAAAAUGCAACAAAAAAGUUAUUUGGUCUGGUUGUUUAGCAGAAUUUACCUCUACUCAUUCAUCAGUCUCUUUAUAUAUAUGAUUUUAAGUCUUUUCAUUGCGCUGAUCACUGAUACAUAUGAAACAAUUAAGCAUUACCAACAAGAUGGCUUCCCAGAGACUGAACUUCGUACAUUUAUAGCAGAAUGCAAAGAUCUACCCAAUUCUGGAAAAUACAGAUUAGAAGACGACCCUCCAGGUUCUAUAUUCUGCUGUUGUAAAAAGUAGCUAUCAGGCUAAUCUGUGCUCUAGAGGGAUAUAUAAUAUAGAGCUGAGUUGGGAAACUGUAUGGAUAUUUUAAGAUCAGGUACAGUAUAUUUGAAGACCAUUACUUUGAGCAAACCAAUAGCUAUAAUUUAUCAAGAACUAUUUAUAUUUUUAAAAGCAAUAUUUAAUGUCUUUUGCAGCUUUAUAUUGGGUUUAUUUUUUUAAAUUAACUUGGAUGAGAGAAGCCACUGGGUUGUUGUUAUUUCUUGUUUAUUUUGCCAUAAGCUUUAGAAUAUGUUCUCUAUCCCCCUCUUCAGCUCUUACACUCUUGCUUCCAGCUAUUUUUACUGGAUUGAUUGUGUCAUCAGUGGAGAACAAUGCCUAGUCUGACUUCAUAAAACUCACUAACUCUGGUCUUGACCACUCUCCGGGGUUCAUCCCUGAGAGAGAGGGGAAGUGGUUGGUAUAUAUCAGUAAUUUAUUUUAUUUUAUUUUAUUUUAUUUUAUUUUAUUUUAUUUUAUUUUAUUUUA